UGGCUGAGGCCAUCGCUCUAUCAGUGGCGGCUGCUGCCUGCUCCGGAGGUGGGCUGCGCUGUGGCGGCCGAAGCUGGCAGAGCUGGAAGCCAGAGCCGGGCUUUUCCCGCUUCUACUUGAAGCUGUGAAUUCCUUUGGACAACUGAUGAUAUUUAUCAUUGUGCCCAGUUUCUACAAAUAAAAAAAUGGGUGGAUUAUUUUCUCGUUGGAGGACAAAACCUUCAACUGUAGAGGUUCUGGAAAAUAUAGAUAAGGAAAUUCAAGCAUUGGAAGAAUUUAGGGAAAAAAAUCAGAGAUUACAAAAAUUAUGGGUUGGAAGAUUAAUUCUCUACUCUUCAAUUCUCUAUCUGUUUACAUGUUUAAUUGUAUACUUAUGGUACCUUCCCGAUGAAUUUACAGCAAGACUUGCCAUGACACUCCCAUUUUUUGCUUUCCCAUUAAUCAUCUGGAGCAUAAGAACGGUGCUUAUUUUCUUCUUUUCCAAGAGAACAGAAAGAAAUAAUGAAGCAUUGGAUGAUUUAAAAUCCCAGAAGAAAAAAAUACUUGAAGAAGUCAUGGAAAAAGAAACUUAUAAAACGGCUAAAUUAAUUCUUGAAAGGUUUGAUCCGGACUCAAAGAAAGCAAAGGAGUUGGAGCCACCAUCUGCUGGAGCAACUUUAACUGCAAGACCUGGACAAGAGAUUCGUCAGCGACCUGUAGCUCAAAGAAACCUUUCUCCAGCACCAGCAGGCUCUAGCCAGGGCUCUCCCCCAAAAGUUCCAGUAUCUCCUGGACCACCAAAGGACUCUUCGGCCCCUGGUGGACCCCCAGAAAGAACUGUUAUUCCAGCCCUAUCGUCAAAUGUGUUACCAAGACGUUUUGGAUCUCCUGCUACUUCAGUGCCUGGAAUGGGUCUUCAUCCUCCUGGUCCACCUUUAGCAAGACCUAUUCUGCCCCGAGAACGAGGUGCUCUGGAUAGAAUUGUUGAAUAUUUAGUUGGUGAUGGUCCACAGAACAGGUAUGCCCUUAUAUGUCAGCAGUGUUUUUCUCACAAUGGCAUGGCUUUGAAAGAAGAAUUUGAAUACAUUGCUUUUCGUUGUGCCUACUGUUUUUUCUUGAAUCCUGCAAGAAAAACCAGACCCCAGGCUCCAAGACUUCCAGAGUUUAGUUUUGAGAAGGGGCAGACUUUGGAAGGCUCAAGUACAGUUGGUUCCUUGCCCUCAGGAAGUGUGAUUUCAUCAGAGAACCAGAUCAUUGAAGAAUCUUUAGAAGAACAAGAUGUUCUAGAUAACAGUACAGAGCAGACAGAUGACAAAAUACAGGAUACAGAGCAGACAGACCCAGUGAUUGAACAAGCAUCUGGCACAGAGAAACCAGAGGAGAAGCAAGAAGAGACUGAGAAUGAGCAAACCUCAGUGAAUACAGCCAAAUCAACAGUUCCCACAGCUGAUGCUAUUCCUAAUCCUGAACUAAGUGGAGAAUCUUCGACAAUGUAGUAAAUGCUUCCACGUGCCUUCAACUGGAUAUUUGUAGUCUUGUUGAUGUCAGUUAUUGCUUUCUUAGGUGGUACUUUCUUUUUUUUUUUUCCCCUCUAAAGACAUGCUUGAUGUCAUCUGAAUUUCAGAUUGCCUAGCUAUUUCAAUAUGUCAAAGUUAUGUCUACUGGCUAUUAAAAUUAAAAGCAAGUAAUAUCAGUAAAGUAAAAUCCUUUUUAAUGUAUAAAAACCACACUGUUUAGACAGCUUUUAGGUAUUUUUUUCCAUUCUAAAUGUAAACAAAUAUGAUAGCAGUUUUGUUUUUUAUCUGUGACCUGUAAAUACUAUCCAUUUUGACAUAGGAAGAACUUUGGUUAGGAAUAAGUUCUAAUGGCAUUUGUUUUAAGGAAUGAAACUCAAUUAAGAUUUUUAAUUCUACAUCAUUAAAAUGGAUAGAAUUUUAACUCUUGAGAUAUUUUCCAGGGGGUAAAAUGUCUAUUUAGGCAUUUAUAUUAAGAGGUAUGAAAGUUAUUACAGUAACAAUAUAGGCAUUGGUAUGAAUUCUCAGUAAGAAUGCAGUCGAACAGUCAAGUGCAGUGUUACUUUUGAUGUCUCUUUUUUUGCACCUGGGCCAGAGGUACCUGAUAUAUAUAAUUAGCUUAUGUUUACAUAUUAACAUAUAGGAACUAUCUCUGCACUUGACUGUAGUUGAAUUUUGAGCAUUAUUUAUAUUUGUAAAAUAAUGAUAUUGUAAGUGAAUUUUGUGCUCUAUUGUGUAUUUUGUUAAGGAAAAUAAAGAUGAUCUGG